AAAGAGCUCCAUAUGAAACCCAUCGCGCAAUAUUGACUGAUAACGACUAUGUAACUACAAUGAGGCCCUUGCUGACUAGCCACAUCACCUCAUCUCGCUCCUCACAGACCAGUGUUUGAGAUUCCUCCCAAGCUGCAGACCAAGUCUCAUCUUGUCUUAUACCAAGCUUCCCGGCGAUUGCCACAAUCAACAUCUAACAUUCUAACUGCCGAUUUACCGGGUCCGUGUGGGUAUUCAUCCCAUUCCACCUAGCUGAGCAUGGGUUAGCAGAUCCAUAAGGUUUUAUCGAUGUAACCAAAAUGAUCCUGCAGGAUCUGAAAUGCCACUUUCAUUUUAGAUAUAUACCCACGAAGUGACUCAAAUUCUGCAGGUGAGCUGAUACAUCAAGGGUUUGACGUGACAGCUGCCGACAUGGCUUGGCUGUGAGCUCGGUACCGAGCCCGAGCCCGAAGCUGUUCAAUUGACUAUUGCCUUCUUUUAAUAGUUGGCCUUCCCACGUGGAUUCAAAUGACUGACUUGAAACCGCGCCGUGCGCAUCUUCUAUCGGAAUAUCUGGAGACGUUUGUCGGUCCGGAAGGAUGUCGGAGACACGGUAUCACGAAGGCCUCGAGGUCUACUCGGACAGCGCAGCUCAUGCACCAGAGGUCAGCCCUCAUGGUGUUUAUAGCCAAGGCUCGAAGGAUCCAAUAUCGGGUUAUGUUCAGGUCGUCGAGGCGCGAAAGGGUCCUUUUGGCCUGAGCAUAUUAAGCCUAUGUGCCCUCGUUGCUAUCGUUACUGCAGUGGUAGUUGGAGCUGGUGUUGGAGGAGGUCUUGGAUCAGCUCUGGCCAACUGCAAAAAUUCACAAGUAUCUGAAGUCCCAGCUGCAUCCGCGAUACAAACCUCCGCCUGUCCAACCUUCACAACCACCGCAAGCGACACCACCAAAACCACCGAGUCAAAGUUCUACGAGCCCAAACCAGCAGACCAAGUAACGAACCUCACACUCCCCGACGCAUGCUCCCAACCAAACGGCAAAGAUGACUAUACCACCAACAACGGCUACGUAUUCACAUACACAUGCGGGUUCGACUACCCCGGGAACGAUAUAGUGCCUAUACUGGCCUACACAGCAUUCGACUGUAUGCACGCAUGCGCAAUGUACACCGAGGUCAACGGCGGGAAUGAAAACGCGACGCAGUGUGAUAGCAUCGUGUUUAAUAGAGAGAUGGCGAAGAAUUAUGAGGUCAAGGGGGGGAAUUGUUGGUUGAAGACUGGGACGAGGGAUCUUUUUCCUGCGGCGGAUUUGAUGCCGACGUUUUUGUAUGCGAAGAGGAAUUCGUGAGGUUGAUGUGAUGGGAGAGUGUGGUGAUAGAUGACUAAUUGAUCAUAGGACUUGAAUGCUCGUCUUUUUCUUCUUUUUGGGUGUUGUCUUUGUGAUUGAGGCUGCGGGUUGGACUCGUGAGAGUGUCAGCGUGGCUGAGCUGGAGAGGAAGAGCUGGACGGUCUUGGCAGUGAGGCCAUCGCAACGAUGAGGUUAGGCUGAAAUGGGACUGGGAAAAGAGUUAACACAUGAGGCUCUAGUAUCUCUUGGAUCAUGAUUGAAGAAAUAUGGCCAGAGAUGUUUGAAGUAAAUGCCAUUUGCCAUCAAUCGACGUCAAAAUCGUGAGCUUGGUGUUUCAACCAAUCCAUCCUCAAACCUCAAACAAUACGAGCAUCUACUAAUCAAUCACAGUGCUGACACAUUCGGAUAAAGUGCUUAGAAACGACAACAGCUGCUCAGCCCCUGAAGCAUCGCUCGUUUACACUCUUCAAACCACGUGCCAAGACAAGCUGCUGUAAGGCAUUUCGCACGGUCAUUACCCGUUUGAGACGGCACUGAAAUGCCGAUUCACGAUUCAAUCCGCUAUUGCGGCUGGGCCAGUGACCGAGUCGUACGUAACACUCCUGCGCCAGCAUCACAUCGCAUCGUAUCCUCUGGGCGGUUACGAAUAUUGUGGACCACCCGAAACUACUGUGAAAGUGCUAUAAUUGGUGUUUUUAGAGUUUAGUUUCUCAACGUCGGCGGUUAACCAUCACUGUCCAGCAGCUCAAUGAUACAGAACUCACAGUAUAAUUUAAUAAAGAAUUAAAAGAAUUUGCAAAA